UUUCACAGAAAAAUAAAAUCAUCUAAAAACAAUAAAAUAAUAAAAGACACACAGAGACAGCGAUUCUCUUGAUAUCUAUCUCUGUGUUACAGUUUAAUUCCAUUCCACGCUUUGUUGCUUUUAUCCUAACUUUUGUUUUUUCUCUCUCUCUCUCUAUAACCCUUCAAUUUUCAAUUUCAUUAUCUUUCCAAAUUUCUCCCCCUUUUUUUUUUCCCUAAAAAUAGAGAAAAUUUUGGGAAAAAAAGAAAAAAAAUUCCCAGCUUGGGAGUGAGUGUUUAGGGUUUUUUUUUGAAUUUUGUACUGUGGGGGGUUUUGAAUGAGGAGAACUGAAAUACUUUUGGGAAAUUGAAAAUCUUCAAUCGGCGGAUUAGAUGGCCACCACGGAGUUGCAGAUGAGUCCUCAGUUGGAGCAGAUCCACGGCGAAAUCCGGGAUCUUUUCCGUGCUCUUUCAAAUGGCUUCCAGAGACUGGAUAAGAUGAAAGAUUCCAAUAGGCAAAGCAAACAGCUGGAAGAGCUUACUGGCAAGAUGAGGGAAUGUAAAAGAUUAAUCAAGGAGUUUGAUCGUGAAAUUAAAGAUGAGGAAAGCAAAAAUCCUCCCGAAGUGAACAAGCAACUCAAUGAUGAGAAGCAGUCUAUGAUCAAAGAACUGAAUUCGUAUGUAGCUAUGAGGAAAACAUACAUGAAUACCCUUGGUAACAAGAAAAUUGAACUCUUUGAUAUGGGAGCUGGAGUCAGUGAACCUACAGCUGAUGAAAAUGUUAAAAUGGCAUCAUCAAUGUCAAACCAAGAGCUUGUUGAUCAUGGGAUGAAGACAAUGGAUGAGACUGAUCAGGCCAUUGAACGCUCAAAAAAGGUUGUUGAACAAACAAUUGAAGUAGGAACUCAAACUGCUGGUACUCUAAAAGGACAAACUGAUCAAAUGGGCCGUAUUGUAAAUGAGCUGGAUACAAUUCAGUUUUCAAUUAAGAAGGCCUCCCAGCUGGUGAAGGAGAUUGGUAGGCAGGUAGCCACUGAUAAAUGCAUCAUGCUAUUUCUUUUUCUUAUCGUAUGCGGUGUUAUAGCCAUCAUAGUUGUGAAGAUUGUGAAUCCGAACAACAAAGAUGUCAGAGAUAUUCCAGGAUUGGCACCUCCAGCACCUUCGAGGAGAUUGUUAUAUCUAAGGGACCCGCAGUAAAAAGGUGAUCAUUUCAAAUAAGUGAGUGGUUUGUUCUGCUUAUGCUUGAAUAGAGACAGGAGUGGGGAGUAUUGGGAAGUUGGUAUUUGAGGGAUGUGAUGGUUUUUCGCUUUUCGAUUUUAUAUGAUUGAUUCUUGCCUGAGAUGUGCAUAUACGGUUGGUGGUGUUUGUUGUCUUUGUAAAUUUUAUGGGAGCAGUUGAAUUAUUUGAAUGAUGAACUUUGAAGAUUAUUGUAGGGUUAGAAAUAA